GUCAAUAUUGAGUGGGCCAGGGGGAGAGUAGUCUGAGGAAACGCUGCACAGAUACAACAGGGAUAAAUACUUAAGCGUAACGUUGUGGUUAUGUGAAACAUAUCCUUGCGUUUUGAAGGAAAUGUGCGCUAAAUUAAGUCAUCUGGAGUUCUGAAGGAUUAAAUUGUCUAGAGACGUCAAGGACUUUCUCUCGAUUUUCUCUAUACGAAUAACUUGCGAAGGGUACAAAUACGCGUUUUUGCUAUAUUUUUAAUCUUCAACCAAUAUUAUUGUGAAGAGACUAUUGCCAUUGGUUUAUUUAAGCCUUUGUAUUUCUAGCACCAGACCUUUGGCUUCCUGUCAAUCUUAAUGAUUAAAUUGAUAACAGUUUUACCACAGGUUUUUUUUUUAACCAUAUAGGCUACGUUUCAUAUAAACGAUGGACACGAGAUGCGUUGUUUGUUUGCUCAUUCUCCUGUCUGGACACCUCGUCUUGAUAAGUGCUCAAGGGAAUGAUUUUAAUGAGAGGCAAUUUUCCACGGGUCCCGUGUCUCCAACUCUCAAAUUUACACUUGGAAAAGACAAUGUGGUCAAUGAGUCCAUGCCUCGACGACCAAGAGUUUUGCCGCCUAUGUGCACUGGUCCCACGGAAAUCAGGGAUACUUUCAAGUAUAUUAACACCGUGGUUUCAUGCCUUGUGUUUGUUGUUGGGAUAAUCGGAAACUCUACGCUGCUCAGAAUCAUUUAUAAAAAUAAAUGCAUGCGUAACGGUCCUAAUAUCCUCAUUGCAAGUCUGGCGCUCGGGGACCUGUUGCAUAUCGUGAUAGACAUACCCAUCAACGUGUAUAAGCUUCUGGCGGAAGAUUGGCCAUUUGGUGUUGGACUUUGCAAACUGGUUCCUUUUAUACAAAAGGCAUCAGUUGGCAUCACAGUGCUGAGUUUGUGUGCACUGAGCAUAGACAGGUUUCGAGCAGUGGCAUCGUGGAACCGCAUUAAAGGCAUCGGCGUCCCCAAAUGGACCGCUAUUGAAAUAAUUCUGAUAUGGAUGCUGUCCAUUAUACUUGCAGUGCCAGAGGCCAUUGCCUUUGAUAUGAUCACAAUGGACUACAAAGGAGAGCUGCUUAGAAUUUGCUUGCUCCACCCUAUGCAGAAAAACAAGUUCAUGCAGUUGUAUAAGUCAGCCAAAGAUUGGUGGCUUUUCAGUUUCUACUUCUGCAUGCCGCUGAUGUGUACUGCCAUCUUCUACACUCUUAUGACCUGUGAAAUGCUUCGAAAGAAGAAUGGAGUCCAAAUUGCACUUAAUGAUCACCUAAAACAGAGGCGUGAGGUGGCUAAAACCGUGUUCUGUCUGGUGCUAGUCUUUGCACUGUGCUGGCUUCCACUGCACCUCAGCCGUAUUCUAAAGCUUACCAUUUAUGAUGAAAGAGACCCUAAUCGCUGUGAGCUUUUGAGUUUCUUCCUGGUUCUUGAUUAUAUCGGGAUCAACAUGGCAUCAGUGAACUCAUGCAUAAACCCAAUCGCUUUGUACAUGGUUAGCAAACGCUUCAAGAGCUGCUUCAGAUCAUGUCUGUGUUGCUGGUGCCUGUCUCCUGAAAUGUUAGCCAUGGAUGACAAGCAGUCCUGCAUGAAGCUGAAGGUGACAGAGCGAGGAUCCGAACAAAGCAACAGCCGUGCCUCCAACAAAUACAUGUCAACUUAGGCACUGAUCUGCAUACAGGUAUCGGUGGCCUACCAAUUGCAUGUAACAUUUAGCUAAUACCAUGAAACCUUACUCUGAGUCAGCUGGAGGGAUACUCAUUAACAAGUGAAUGUGGUGCUACAGUAUAAAAGGUAAAUCUAGGUUUGUGUUAGAGAAGGCAUAAAGGUAUGUAUUUUAACUCCCAGUUUUUAUUCAAUGCUGACUGGUAUCAUUUUACAUGUAGUGUUAGGAACUGCUUUAAGUUUUAUUUAACAUUGGCAUCCAGAAUUUGUAUUAAUUUUCCGUGUGGAAAAAUAAAA